UCCCACCCCGUGCUCGCUCGCUCGCUUGGUUUGGUUUACCACCACCACUGUCUAGUACACCGAGUGCUGUGACACUCGCGACCUUUCUCUUCCCCCGGUCUACAAAGCCCUCCUCGGCUUUCCUCCGCCUCCACUUCCUUCUUCCAAAGCUCAUCCCUCCCCCCCUCCCUCUCUCCUCUUUCCCUCCCAAGCAAAUCCUCUGCCGCCUCCCCCUUCUUGCUCUCUGCUGCGUCCCGCGUUUGGUCCGGCGCACCGAAAUGGCAUUCCACCACGACGCGCCGCUGCUGCUCAGGAUCAACACCAACAGAGCCGGCCGCAUGGGAGGAGGCGAGUGCGACGAGGCCGAGAACCAGCGCUGGCCGCCGUGGCUCAAGCCGCUGCUGGCCACCAGCUUCUUCGGGCAAUGCAAGAUGCACGCCGACGCGCACAAGUGCGAGUGCAACAUGUACUGCCUCGACUGCAUCAACGGCGCCCUCUGCUCCCAGUGCCUCGCCUGCCACCACGGCCACCACGCCAUCCAGAUACGGAGGUCCUCGUACCACGACGUGAUCCGCGUGUCGGAGAUCCAGAAGGUGCUGGACAUCACCGGCGUGCAGACCUACAUCAUCAACAGCGCGCGCGUCGUGUUCCUCAACGAGCGCCCUCAGCCCAGGCCCGGCAAGGGCGUCACCAACACCUGCGAGGUCUGCGAGCGCAGCCUCCUCGACACCUUCCGCUUCUGCUCCCUUGGAUGCAAGAUCGUCGGCACCUCCGGCGAGUUCCGCGGCCGGAAGAGGCACGCUGGCGGUAAGAAGAUGAAGCUGAAGCUGAAGAAGGCGGCGGCGUCGGACUCGGACGACUCGUCCACCAUCACCAGCGGCGGCAGCGACAAGAGCAGCGUGGUGCAGAGCUUCACCCCGUCCACCCCGCCGGCCACCGCCAACAGCUACCGCUCCGCCAAGCGACGCAAGGGCAUCCCUCACCGGUCGCCCUUCGGCAGCCUCAUUGUGGAGUUCUAGAGCACACCAACGCGCGCCGCCCCCCACCUCGCCGGUACCACUGUAGCAUACACGUUCACCCAUCCAUCAAACCAUAUCUACCUCUAUAGUUGUUCCGUUCCGUUCUGUUGUAUACAACAAGGAGAAGCAUCGAGCUAAGCAAAGAAUAACGAAGCCCCCCAUUGCCGCACCUCUGCGCUUCUGGACGAGGAGGCCGGCGCAAGGCAAUGCGGGAUAGUGAGUCACCACUACUUCAUCAUAGUUACUACUACUACAAACAGUUACUGUGCUGGUAACAGGAAGGGUUUGGGUUUGGGUUUGGGUCUGUUGGAGGUCUCCCCGGAACGGCGGGAGGUAGUAGACCUAGUAGAAGUUUUUAGUCUGUGCUAGCUAGCUACUAAGUUUUGCAACUUUCCUUUCUCUCUUAGCGGUGUUUGAUAAUGGUAGAUGUACAUAUAUGUAUACUAUCACAGAUGGGGAAUGGUAGUCCGGUGUUGAUAUUUUCGUCCUGUAAUAACGCUCAGAAUGCUUGCUGCUCCUGACGGCCUUCUUCAAUGUCACCAUGCUUGUUUGCUUGCUUGCUUGCUUGAA